CCUUCCCCUACCAGCCGCCGCACUCGAUCCCUUCUCCGCUUCCGCCGCCUUUAUCUCUUCCUCAAUCUCAUCCCACUGCCGAGCAAAUAAAACUCCAUAUCCAAGCUGGAAGUUUUCCACUUUCCAUCUGCUGGAAGCCUAGAAGCAAUUCCACAUUGUUUUGGUUGAUGGAUCAAGAUAAUUCUAUCAUGGACUCACCCCAACGUAGGCAUGGUCUAUUAAGAGAUCAAGUUCGGUUGGCAAAGAGAAAGAAUUCUGAUCGUUACGAAAUUGUUCCAAUUCAAGAUCCAUUGUCAUUUGAAAAAGGUUUCUUCAUAGUAAUACGUGCAUGCCAGUUAUUGGCUCAAAAGAAUGAUGGGAUUAUUGUGGUUGGGGUAGCUGGUCCUUCUGGGGCUGGGAAGUCUGUAUUUACUGAGAAGGUUCUCAAUUUCAUCCCAAGCAUCGCUGUCAUAUCUAUGGACAACUACAAUGAUUCUAGUCGCAUCAUUGAUGGGAAUUUUGAUGAAUAUAUAGGCUAACAACAAUGUGCAUGAAGACAGACAAGUGCUGAUUGGUCCCCCAGGUCACAUCCGUACAAGGAUGCACUUAGAUGCAAUGGACACUUGUGGUUCUUGUACUUGGAUUUUGAAGAUGCUUAGUUUCCACAAAUGUUCUCAGAUGCCACCCCUUCAUGCAUAAAAAUGCUUUUAAAUGACCAAUUUUACCACAACUAAUAUCUACACAUUUGGCUCUAAGAUAUUUGUCAUUUGUUGUUUGUUCUUGUAGUUGCAUCACAAUGAUCUGAUAUUGUUUAUUCUUGAACAUGCCACUUGUUUCUUCAUUGGUUGCUCUUUCGUGUAUGUUCAUGAUUAGAAACUAGGCUUAUUUGAUUUUGUACAUGUAAAUCUUUUUGUUGGUAACUUCAAACUUAACUUCAUUUUAUGAAGUUUGAAUAAUACCUGUUGCUAUGAAGGCUUAAAAUCUUGUUCUAAGCUGGAGUUUUGGUUCCUUAACCAAACAAGACAUGGUGGCUGAGUCUGGUGCUAGUGUCGGUGCUAGUGGGUGUGUCGAGCGUUAACCCUAGGUGCAGGAGGAAGAGGAGUCAUGGUCUUUGUAUAUUUUGCGUCUUGGAGAGUUCCCUGUGGGUCGUCAGCUUCUUCACAUGAAGCCACACAUUGUUGCAAGGGAUCGAGGAAGUGCCAUUGUAUCAUAGAGUUCUAGGUUCUAGAUGAUGGGUGGAUGAUUUGCCUAUGUCGAUCAACGCAGAAUGAUAUCUUAACUGAUGGUUUUUGUAACAUCACCUUAUUCUGGAAACUUCUAAUUCAUGCAUUUUCUUCCAGAUCCACGGUUAACAGAUUAUGACACUUUGCUAGAAAAUAUUCGCGGACUAAAAGAAGGGAAGUCUGUUCAGGUGCCAAUAUAUGAUUUCAAGUCAAGUAGUUGCAUUGGAUACAGGACUGUUGACGUCCCUAGCUCUAGGAUUGUUUUUCUUGAAGGGAUUUAUGCUUUAAGUGAGAAGUUGCGUCCUCUACUUGAUCUGCGUGUUUCUGUGACUGGCGGUGUACAUUUUGACCUUGUUAAAAGGGUUUUGCGGGACAUACAGCGUGCUGGACAAGAACCUGAAGAGAUUAUUCAUCAAAUUUCAGAAACAGUUUAUCCAAUGUACAAAGCGUUCAUUGAACCAGACUUGCAAACAGCACAUAUAAAAAUCUCCAACAAGUUCAAUCCAUUUACAGGCUUCCAGAAUCCAACCUACAUUCUAAAGUCACCAAGGAAUGUACCAGUGGAUCAAAUCAAGUCUGUUCUUUCCCAAGAACACAAAGAAAGCACAGAAGAAACCUAUGAUAUAUACCUAUUGCCACCAGGAGAAGACCCGGAAGCAUGCCAAUCUUAUUUAAGAAUGAGAAACAGAGAUGGAAAGUACAAUCUCAUGUUUGAGGAAUGGGUAACUGAUAAUCCCUUCAUCAUAUCACCCAGAAUUACUUUUGAAGUUAGUGUGCGUCUUCUUGGUGGGUUAAUGGCGCUAGGCUAUAGCAUUGCAGCUAUUCUGAAGAGAAGUAGUCAUGUGCUUUAUGAUGACAAGGUGGUUGUGAAAAUUGAUUGGUUAGAACAACUUAAUCGCCAUUACAUUCAGGUGCAAGGAAAAGAGCGACUGUAUGUUAGGCAUAUUGCAGAGCAAUUGGGUCUGGAAAGUGCGUUCGUUCCACGUACUUACAUCGAACAGAUUCAACUGGAAAAGCUUGUGAAUGAAGUGAUGGCAUUGCCAGAUGAUUUGAGGACAAAGCUCAGCAUAGACAAUGAUAUGGUCUCUAGUCCCGGAGAAGCACUCUCGCAGGCAUCUGCUGAUAAGGUUGCUGUGAGAAAUAAAUUUCAUAAAAGCGGAAUGUCUCAUUCCUUCUCUACACAAAGGGAGAAAAAUAUUGCCAAACUUAGACUUGAUGUCAAACAGAGAAGGUUCGAGAGGCAACCACCUGAAUCACCGGCAAUCAGUCGGGAAGCUGUCAAUCAUCUAUCAGAGCAGAUUUCUGCUCUAAAUGAAAGAUUCGAUGAAUUUAGUUCACAAAUGGAAGAAUACAAUAAGAAGUUCAGCUCACAGAAAACUUCUAUGAGCCAACAAAACUUGGCCCUCCAAGGGGAAGCCUGUAAUGGCUCUCUCCCAACAUCGCUGUUUGUGUCUAACUUGGGCAAUGGCACCCUUCUGCCCACUUCUUCAUCUUCUUCCCAGCUGAAUAAAGAUUCUUCCCUACUGGAUGAGCUAAUGCUCGUCUCGCGUGGUCAGCGACAAAUCAUGCAUCAGCUGGAUAAUCUCAACAACUUGAUGCACGAGCGCUUGUCUUUGUCAUCCCGGCAAGGCUUAACUGAUAACAGAAGCAGAUUGCCCAACUGGAAUACAAUAGGGAUGCUAGCAAUGGGGUGCAUCGGCAUUGUUCUGUUCAAAAAUCUGAACAGGAAUUAAAAUGAAGCCUUUGAAGAUCCUGAUCGAUGACUUUAGAUAUAUUAACCUGUUCAUGAUGCACAAUUGUGCAGGGCCUCAAGCUCAAGGAGGAACACACUGGAAUCGACAAAAGCUAACACAUUGAAGUUUUGCAGGAGUCAUGGUCCACCUCUCUCUCUCUCUCUCUCAUUUUUAUUUUAUUGUUGGCCGCAGUUAGCGGUUGUAUCUUUCGGAUAGUAGAACCACCAAUAAUGUUAUUUCUAUCUCUAGCAUGCGGAUGUUAACUAAAAUAUAUUAAUUAAAAUGAUUUUUUAAUGGA